UUAGUACGCAGCUUUGAUGCUCAAGGUUUUUUUUGCGCAUUGCAUUGAGCACAUUGGCAAGAUGGCAGCCACCAUCGGGAGACUUCUUGGGACUUCUGCAGGAAGAGUUGCAGUCACUGGACUGAAAGCUUUGGUCCCUCACAAUGGAGCAUCAGUGAUCAGGGCUCCAAAACCCCUUGCUUGCAUUGCUGCACAAAAAGCUUGCUUCUCAAUCAGCGCUGCUAGAUGGGCCCCAGCAGUCACUCAGCCAGCCCCUCACUUCAAAGGCACUGCUGUUCUCAAUGGAGAGUUCAAGGAGAUCAGCCUAGAAGAUUUCAAGGGCAAAUACCUGGUCCUUUUCUUUUACCCACUAGAUUUCACAUUUGUUUGCCCCACAGAGAUCAUCGCCUUCAGUGACAAGGCCAAUGAGUUUCAUGAUAUAAACUGUGAAGUAGUUGGUGUGUCUGUGGACUCUCACUUUACCCACCUGGCCUGGACCAACACCCCGAGAAAGAGUGGAGGAUUAGGGAAAAUCCACAUUCCCCUGUUGGCUGACCUCACAAAGCAAGUGUCCAGGGACUAUGGGGUCCUGCUGGAGGGUCCUGGAAUUGCACUAAGGGGUCUUUUCAUUAUUGAUCCUAAUGGAGUGAUUCGACACAUGAGUGUAAACGACUUGCCAGUUGGACGCUCUGUUGAGGAAACCCUCCGCCUGGUCAAGGCCUUCCAGUUUGUGGAAACCCAUGGUGAAGUCUGUCCUGCCAGCUGGACCCCAAAGGCGCCCACAAUUAAGCCAACUCCAGAUGGCUCGAAGGAAUACUUUGAGAAGGUCAACUGAAAACUCAAAACUACUGGUACUGACAGAUCACACAGAUCUAAGCACUUAAAUUAGUCCAUAAUUCAUAUCCAAAAGAAAUAUACAUAUUUAUAGACUUCAUGUAUCAGUAUGUUGGCAGUUAUUAGGGAGCAGAAUCUGUUUUGAUUUAUGUAUUUGUUACGCUGUCCAAAUAAAAACUGCACUGUCAUGGAUUUGUCUCUUUGCCAUAGCAGAUGCUUUCUAUCCAAAGUGCUCCACUCUCCAACACAAGCAAAGAAUUUUUGACAUUUUGAUUAAAGAUUAUGAGGUCAAAUAAUUUGUAAGCACAAUAGCUUAAAAAUUUGCCUUUGUACUAAAGAGGUCGAACUACUAAAGCUUGAUUCUUAAUCAAGAUGGUCUUCAUAUUACAAGUUAUUUUGACAAACACUUAUUAUGCUAAAGAAAGAUGAAGCUGCCAUCACACCAUUUGUUUAUUCUACUGAAAAGUGCAAUCAAUUACAUACUGAUUUGUGUGUAAUUCUUAUAGUUCCCAUCAAAUACUUGGCUGUCUUUGGGCAGAAACUUUCAACCUUCAUAUAUAAACCAUGCCUACAUAACCUCAAAAACAAUGUUUAUUUCUUUUUUUCUCCUUUUUACAGCAAGUUAAUAUGUUUAAAAUGUCUCUUUAGACAUCACAUGGAACAUGACAUGAAGAACCAGAAAUCAAUUUUUUAAACCGGGAGGAAUGAGGUUUAGAAAAAGGCUUUGCCACUUCUCAAACUUUUUUUUUUUUAGUUACAUACUGUAUUUACACAAUGGAACAUAAGAAAAAUAAGAACAAGAGCUUGGUUUAAGUGUGUCUGCACUUAGUAACCAUGAAAACAUCUAGUAAAGUGUACAAUAACUUCACUUACAUGUACAGUAUGUCUGCACAGAUUUAGCAUGUGUGCCUAAAUUGUGUGAGAUUCACAAUUUUGGUUCAGAUCAUGGAUACAAAAAUAAGCACAAAAGAGACGGCUGUCCAAGACAAUGAAUAGCCUUUAAACUCUUUAAAUAAAAAGCUGAUGACUAACUCCUCUAUGAGCAGCACAAAGUCAAUGAAGCACUUAUUUUUGAGACCGUUCUACAAGAUGCAAAUGAACAAGGGUAGUGAUGGGGGGUCACCUAAAGUGUAAUAAUGCUUAAAAAACAAACAAACGAAUAGAAUCUGAUCAUAUGAUUUGGUGAAAAAUUCAUGCAAUAUCAGGCAAGAUGUAACUGUGCCACCAAGCCCACCCCAACCUUCAAAAAAAAAAAAA